AUGAGAGACCGUCACAUUAAGACAAAUCUUGGUGUUGUCAAAAUAGACGGAAACAUUUAUCCGGUCUAUUAUAUGGGAACUUGGGAAGUUGUAAAGCAUCUUACAGCAACAAUCAUUUGUUUCCAAUAUUUUUUCAGUAUUAAUUCAACAUUUUUCAAUUUUUCUCAUUUGACAACCAUGACGGAAGAACAUUUGAAUGGUUUACUUCGCGUCAUGGCUCAUUUUAAGUAUGAUUUGUCAACAACCGAAACAUCUAUUGCAGAAUGUAAUUUAACACUCAAAAUUCAUAAAAAAUACGAUAUUGACUGGAAAACCCAUUCACGUGACUAUCAAGCUGGUAUUACAUUUGAAGACAUUUACACAAUGCGUCAAGAUUCACGUCAAUAUGAAAUGUGCAAAGAAUAUGCAUAUGCCUUGUUAUCCAAAUGUGGAUUUAGAUAUAAUAGUAAUUCCAGCGUUGAUGUAUUGCUUAGUUGGGUGAAUGAAAUUAAUCAAUUUCACUCAAAAAUUUUAAUGUCAACACAUAUAUCAAAUCCAAUUUCAGGUUAUAGUAUUUUUUCACGUUUAUCUGUCAAAAAAGAUGUUUUUGACAACCCAACCAAAAAAAAUCACGCAAGAAAGGAUUAA